UCCCUGCAUCAGUCUGAAUAUAAAACACUGCUCAGCCAGACACAGUCAAAGAACACGGUUUACCACUCUGAACCAAGAUGCCCCUCAUCAAGCUCUACUUCACUCCUGCACUGCUGCUCCUAGUGCUCACUUGUCCUUUAUGGCAGGUCAGCCAAUCUGUGCCACUGAUGGCAAAAGAACCAAUGCGAGAGUCCUGUGUAUUAUACGCAAGAACACUGCUCCAGAACAUCACGGAUGUACUCAACCAGAAAACCUUGUUUAGUGGAAUUGACUGCAUGAAGCAGAACAUGGAGCUGUACAAGAACACCAGCACACCAUCAGCGUGUGCACCACAGGGAUCGGCAUGCUCAGAAAUCACUACAUCAGGAUUUGAUCAGAGCUCAUGUUUGACAAACAUUCGUGAGGAUCUGAAGCACUACUACAAAGUUCUCGCAGCGCAGCCUGUUGGUACUCUUCUGUUCAGUCUCAGAGAACUCAUGGAGAACUGCUUUGGAAUAUUUCCGGCAUCAGACUCGACCUUAAGGGAGGCUGCUGCAAACCUCGGAACCUCCUUCGACCAAAGACUUCACCUCUGCAAAGUGCUGAAGGGCUUCCAGGUCCGUGCCAUCACAAUAAACCGAGUGAUUGCGUACAUGACCUCCGAUGAAUACACUAAAUGAAUCGUCACUGAGCUCCAGAACAAGAAUACUCAAGAGGCUCCAGAAAGAAAUUACAGAAACUACGGUGACAGUCAGUUAAUGUUGCUGUGACAGAAAACACUUCAAUAUACUUUAAAGUUUCAUAAAUUACUUAACUCAUAUCUUAAAAUUGAUGACUUAAUAUUUAACUGUGUUUACUGACUUGAAAAUGAUAUUUAUUUAUUUAUUUUAUUCUGGACUAUUUAUUUUCAAAUGUUGAAUGUGUUGUCAUUUAUUUGAUUCUAAGAAUCAUUGAAUAAAUAUUUUUUCCUGCAUAUUACCUGCUGGUUUACGCUUUAUUUGUUCACUGAUUAUAUUUUUUUCCGUUUUAAAUAUGUUACAACAAGAUAACUGAUUUAACUCUUUAUAAGAAUCUAAAGACAUGGUUAGUUUACGGUCAAGCUUGAAAACAAUAAAAAGCAUUUGUGGAUUAUAAAAAAAAAAAAAUUCUUGAUACAUUUUAAACAACCAAAAAAUGUAGACUCCACAUUGCCACAGACCAAUCACAAUGCUCUCUGUUUCCUGUAAACAUGUCAGCCCAGCAAACUAAACCCACCAUGAAGAACAUUUACAAAGAGACCACAGUAUAGUGUUUGUUCACGCUUCAUUUGGAAGUCCCCAAGUUAAGAUAAUAACAGUCAGGUGACUAUUAUUGUCAUGAUAAAAUAGUGAUAAUAAAAUGCCAAUAAAAUGUGGUCUGAUAUCAAGAAGGAAAGUCAAUCAGUAUCUGUCCAAGGGGUUAAAUUAAACUUAAAAACGGGAUUAUGACACUUCAUCAUGGUGAGAUUACAGUCAGUGUAAUAAGAAAUGCAUCAAAUAGUUAAUCUGUUAAGACCAAGAUUUACAGAAAGAAUCAUUAUUGUUAUUGUUAUUCAGUAUUAUUGAAUAAACAUGAACUAAAACAUGUUCUGAUUUUAACACUAAAUCCACAAGCAGGUAAUUAAAUAAUAAUAAAUAAAUCCACUCUUCCAUAUCUGUGAGACGCACAUGUGUGUGAACUUCAGUGAUUAGCCAUUAAUUUAAAGGUGAAUUUAGAGUCAGGUGCUUUCAGUCAGCAGGGUGCGAGUCAGCUAUGAGUCAGCAGCCUGUAUUUACUUAAAAAACAUUCAGAAAAAUAAUCUAAUCUUCCCAACAUGUGUUUGUGGAAGUGUUUUACAAUAAAAACAAACAAGAUUUCAGAGUUGUUGAUAAGUAUGGACGCAACCAAUCCACAACCAGACAGACUCUGUGAAAAUGGAGGAAAGCACCUAUUCCGGGGUUGGGAGGUC